GGAAUACUUUCUUCUGCUUCAUGUGCAUCACGAUGCUUAUCACAUGCAAAACCAUGCUUAUUACUACAUUAUUCGUGUACACAUGUAUCGGUUGGAACACGUUCCUCGCAUGUACAACAUUCAAAUAUGCACACAUCAACUGGAACCCUUUUCUCACACACAUAAAACUUGCCGAUAACUUGUUUGUACAUGCAUAAAUCUAUUGGAAGACUUUCCUCUGCUAUACAAAAAUAACAACAAUCAUAGUUAUACUGUCCAUGAACAUGUCCAUAUGCGUUGAACACUUCCCUUUGCUCCAUAUGCAUCAAGAUAACUCCCACAUGAAAAAUCAAACUAAUUAUUGCAAUGUUCCUGUACGCGUGCAUCCAUUAGAACACUUUUCUCCUAUGUGUCAAAUCCACGAUUAAUCCAUUCUUGCAUUCAAAUAUCUAUUGGAACACAAAUAUCUAUUGGAACACUUUCAUAUUCUAUGACAACUAUGUCAGUCACAUGCUUUUCAAUCAUUUUAUCUUGCGUCAUCAUCAUUAUCAUUAUUGACAAAAUUGAAAAGCCGGAUUUUCAUUUGGUGCACGAGCCACCGACUCAAAGGAAUCUGUGGAAUCUUCUCGUUUGAGUUUGGGGCAGCAACACCUAAGCCCGAGCAUUUAUGGAAUGCGUAAUUAUGGCAUCGACGACUUUCGAUUGAGCUCCAUCUGCUGGCUGCCUCCACAAAUUUGCGGUAGGGAUGUUCAUGAGUGGAGCUCGAGCUCCGCUGGGCCACCUCAGCUUGAGUCUCCAUAACCAUGGCUCAGCUCGAGCUUAUGAAGCUUGACCUUGGCUUCGCUAAGCUCGAGCUUUUUGUGAAGCACAAGAACAAUAACUUAACCAAAUUUUUUUUGUUGACAAACAUGUGAAACAUCGUUUACAUAUACACGAGCUUAAAUGAGUUCAACCGAGUCGAGAACUCGACUCAUUUAUUAGUCGAGUCGAAAUUAGCCGGGCGAGUUUAAUAAGUCCAGCCCGAGUAGGUUCGACCUGCGAACAUACAGAACCGCAACUUGGUCUGGUGAAAGGCGCAGCGUCUGGAAUAAUUGUUAUUCUUUAUAUUAAUUUUCAUUUUCUAUCUUACUUUGUUCUGCUGUUUCCAACCCCGCAAAGCAGACGAGUUCUGCGAAGCCCUGGAAAGCAGGGUCUCUGCCUUUAUCUGGAGUCGAACGAUUGCCCGAUCAUCUGUCAGUUCCAACCAUCCAGAAAUACUUCCCCGCACCGGCUCUCCGUCGCCGUCUGCCCCUUUUCCUUUUUUCCCUAACCCGGAGUUCUUGUGGUAUAGGUUUUCAUCUUUCGAGCAAAUGGAGCAUUCAGCAGCGAUUUCUCAGCAGACUUGGGAGUUAGAGAACAGCAUCGUCGGCAUGGACGUGCCCGACUCGGAUUCCAUCUACUUCUAUGACGAGGCUGGUCAGACGAAGACGCAGCAGGAGAAGCCCUGGAACAACGAUCCGCAUUACUUCAAGAAAGUGAAGAUCUCCGCGCUUGCUCUGCUGAAGAUGGUUGUCCACGCCCGUUCAGGAGGGACGAUCGAGGUGAUGGGGUUGAUGCAGGGGAAGACUGAUGGCGACACCAUAAUCGUUAUGGACGCAUUUGCGCUCCCUGUUGAAGGGACCGAAACCCGGGUCAAUGCGCAGGCUGAUGCUUACGAGUACAUGGUUGACUAUUCUCAGACAAACAAACAAGCUGGUCGCUUGGAGAAUGUGGUUGGUUGGUACCAUUCUCAUCCUGGAUAUGGGUGCUGGCUUUCUGGUAUAGAUGUGUCCACUCAAAUGCUCAAUCAACAAUUCCAGGAACCUUUCUUGGCAGUGGUCAUAGAUCCUACAAGGACUGUAUCUGCUGGGAAGGUUGAGAUUGGUGCAUUUCGUACAUACCCUCAGGGCUACAAACCUCCUGAUGAGCCUGUUUCUGAAUAUCAAACAAUUCCUCUGAACAAAAUUGAAGAUUUUGGGGUUCACUGCAAGCAGUAUUACGCCCUGGAUAUAACGUACUUCAAAUCCUCCCUUGAUUCCCAUCUCCUGGACCUCUUGUGGAACAAGUACUGGGUGAAUACACUUUCUUCUUCUCCACUAUUAGGUAACAGAGAUUAUGUUGCAGGGCAAAUUUCUGAUCUUGCGGAAAAGCUAGAACAAGCUGAAAAUCAACUAGCUCAUUCACGAUUGGGGUCUUUCCUUGUUCCUUCUCAACGGAAGAAAGAGGAAGAAUCUCAACUUGCAAAGAUCAGUCGUGACAGCUCAAAAAUAACUGUAGAGCAAGUCCAUGGCCUAAUGUCACAGGUUAUCAAGGACAUUCUUUUCAAUUCAGUUCGUCAGUCCACAAGGGCUGUGCCGAUUCCUAAUGAGCUGUUGGGUCCGGAGCCUAUGGUUGAGAGCUGAACAUCUUGCACAACUCAUUGCAAUGGUUCUCUUCACCGGUUGUUUGAUGAUUAUCUGAGAUUCAGCUAACGUCAGGAACUUAACAUGAACUUAGCAGCUUCUCAAUGUAAAUUCUUUCAUCUUAGUAGUCAGAAAAUUUUUUAUGAUUGCGACCUUUACGCCUUCCCAGUACAAUUGUCCAGUUCUAUGAUUUUCUGGGGGAUGGCUCUUGUUUUCCAUGUGAUGCAUGCAAAAUGAAUCCUUCACUCACCUGACGUCAUUUUGUCUGAUGAACAAAAAGUGGAUUCGGAUUCCAUUGGCAUAUAUUUAGUUGUUUACAUAUUGUAAGUAGCGAUGCUUCAGAGAACCCUUCCUUCUAACUUUGAAA